GUUUUAAUAAAUAUUUUAAAAUUAUUUUUACAAUUUACAAUAAACAAAAAAAUUAGGACAAUUUUUUUUUUCACUUUAAGAACAUUUUAAGAUAAUUAUUAGGUCUGAUUGAGAAACAGAAAAUGGCGACGAAGAAGUUGAUGAAAGCGAGAGCAUUGGCAACAGUAAAACCUUCUUCUGCGAUCCCCAACCUCCCUCUUCCCUCUCCACCCUCAGACACACCCGUGUCCCAAGUUCACUAUGCCCGCUUCCUGGACUUCUUGAAGGCCCAUUGGGCCCCGCCGUUCACCCCCGACAGCCUCCUCCACUUCCUAAAAUCGAAGCUCCACCACCACCCUUCCUUCUCUCAAUUCGACUUCCACCUCUUCACCUGGGCCUCCUCCCUCGACUCAUUCCACCACACCCACGCCACGUUCCACUGGAUGGCCCGCACCCUUGCCGCCACCCACCGCCUCCCCCAGCUCCGCGCCCUCCUCCACCUCAUCGCCACCCACCCCUGCCCCUGCUCUCCCUCCAUCUUCUGCUGCCCCCACACCCAACCCAUCUUCUCCCACGCCAUCCACGCCUUCUCCAAAUCCUCCCAACUCCACCACGCCCUCUCCGCAUUCCACUCCAUGACCAAACUGAUCGACUCCAAGCCAGACGUCGCCGUUUUCAACGUCCUCAUCCACGCCUUCGUCAAACGCGGUAACCUAAACCAAGCCCUCCAGUUUUACCGCGAGAUGGUGGCUACCCACCGCGUUAAGCCUGACGUUUUCACCUUCAACAUUUUGAUAAGUGGUUACUGUCGGAACUCGCAGUUCGCGUUGGCGUUGGAUGUGUUUCAAGAGAUGGGGAAAAUAGGGUGCGAGCCCAAUGUGGUUACUUUCAAUACCUUGAUCAGGGGAAUGUUUAGAGAGGGGAGGGUUGAGGACGCCAUUGAGAUGGCUCGCGAGAUGGUUCAAUUAGGGUGUGAGCUUUCGUGUGUUACUUGUGAGAUUUUGGUUCAAGGGCUUUGUAAGGAAGGGAGGGUUUUGCAGGCGUGUGAGUUGUUGCUGGAGUUUUCUGAAAAGAGGGUUUUGCCUAAGGGGUUUGAUUGUUUUGCUUUGGUGGAGGUUUUGUGUGGGCAAGGGUGUGCUGUGAGAGCGUUGGAAGUUGUUUAUGAGUUGUGGAAUGGGGGGAGUGUUCCGAGUUUGGUUGCUUGUAUUGCUGUGGUUGAUGGGUUGCGGGGGUUGGGGAAGACCGAUGAGGUGCAGAGAUUAGUGGAAAGGAUGCUUGAUGAGGGUAUGGUGCUGGAUGUUGUGACUUUUAAUUAUGUUCUUCGGGAUAUUUGCGAUGCACGCAGAACCGAUGAGGCGAAUAGAUUGGUGUUACUUGCUUUGAGCAAGGGUUUGGAACCGGAUGACAUGACUUAUAGGACUUUGGUAAUAGGGUAUACGGAGGAGGGAAGGAGGGAGAAAGGAGAGUUUCUGGUGAAUGAAAUGUUGGAUAGGGGGUUUAUACCUAAUCUUGCUUCAUAUAAUAAGUUGAUGAGUGGAUUGUCUAAUUGCAGGCCCUCUACAUGCCGUCAAGUAAACAAAUUUGAUCGAUGAAGAUGCAAAUAUUUAAGAAUUAACUUGGAUUUCAAUUGACAGUGUUGAUGGGCCAAGGUGAUUGUGAAAUGAUUGUGAACUGAACUGGUAAGGGAAUUGGAAACAUGUGUGGAGGAUUGAAACGACGAAACUCCUUGUCUCAUAACUGCAACUUCUUGAUGGGAGGAAUUUGGAUUCUCUGCAAAAUAAGUGUAAAUUGGAGGCACUGUAGACGGUAGUACCAAAAAACCAGUAGAUAAUCUGCACUCGCCCAAGAGAUGUGUCAUGGGAGCUGUAGUACUGUCCCAUUGAUUUUGACCGGGACAUAUGCCAUUGGAGCUGUGUUAAAGCCACUUGAUUAAAUACCAGAAGUGGUAUCAUUUGAUCUAUUCACCAUUGAUCGGUUCAGAAAGGAGUGUUGUUAAAGUUAAGAACUCAAAACCAAGCCGGAAGCAGUGUUGUUGAGUACUUGGACAAUUGCAGUACUUUUGUUGAGGCCAAAGAUCCUUGCACACCUUCAACAUAUUUUGACAAAUCAAAGAGAUGUAUAAUUUUUUAGUAGAUUUUUUUAACAGAUAUUAAUAAGCAUUGGAUCAUCUUCGCAGAAUCGACAGGGCGGACGUACAGGAUGAAAGAAAAAAGAAAGUAUAUACAGUUUGUAUGAUGACAGUAGUUUAUUAGGGAAACUCGGAGAUAUCCCCACAGUUUUGGCCAAUUUUAGGCCGGAAUUUGCUUUUUAGUGUUUUGUUUUUUUUCCAGAAACAUAUCAUCCCAAAAAUGACAUAGCAGGAUGUAAGGCUAAAUAUACACCACGUUGUUUUCAUC